AUGGGGCGCCCCGCGCCCUGCGCCCUGCUGCUGGCCGCCGUCCUGCUGGGGGCCGGGCCCCGGGCCGGAGCGCCGCGCCCCCGCGUCACCGCCAACUUCGCCUGCAAAGUCAGGGCGGACAGUGCCCUCCCCAGGCCCCGGUGCCACCAGAAGGAGCAGGAUGGAGCAGCCCUGUCCCCGCCAGCCCUAGCUCUGAGCACAGCCCGGCUGUGCCAGGCCUCCCGCGACUGCCAGCCGUGCGUGCACGUGCGCCUGGCCCUGCACACUGCAGGGCUGGGGAGAGUCUGUGGGCUGCAGCUGGAUUUCCUGGUGCUGGGCUCCAAUAGGGCCAGCUGGCUGCAAGUCUGGAGGCGGCACCCAGAGGCUGCAGGCUCCCUGUGGCAGGUGCAGUUUGACUGUUUCCCGGUGGAGAGCGGGCGCCGUGUUCUGGUCUCGCUUGGCACGGUCCCUGACCGGGGGCUGAGUCUCAACCAGAGCCACCUGGUCCCUGCAGAGCCAGCAGGCCCCGAGAUCGGCUACGCCUGGCACCCGGAGGCCCGGGCCAUUGAGGUGUCGGUGCCCGAGGGCCCUGCCCUGACCGUGCGGCUGUGCCACCAGCUGGCCCUGGAGUGCGAGGAGCUGCACACCCCCUUCCCCCGACAGGCGCUGGUGUCUGGGGGUCACAGCAUUGUGCUGCCCUACGAGUUCCUGCAGCCCUGUCUCUGCAUUGAGGCCUCCUACCUGCACCGCGACAGCCUCCGCACCAAGCUAUGCCCCUUCCAGCCCCUGCCGGCAGCUUAUGGCUCUGAGCUGUGGGCAUCCAUGCAGUUCCAUGACUACAGUGCCAGCAGUGAGGCCAACAUGGUCAUGGUGCUGAGUGCCCGCUGCCCGCUCCACCUGACCGCCACCCUGUGCUGGAAGGAGAGUGACGCGGGGGCCUGCCACACUGUCCCCAACUCCACAGCCAUGGAGUCCAACCAGGCCUACACCGUGGAGAAGGUGGAUGUGCACCCUCUGCUCUGCUUCAAGUUCUCCUACGGCAACAGCAGCCACGUGGAGUGCCCACACCGGCCAGACACCACCUGGAACGUGUCUGUGAGCGUCCGGUUCCUGCAGCUUCUCCUACGUGUGACCUCCACUGUCCCGGCAUCCUUCAGUGCAGCCCUGUGCCGGCGGCAGGGGAGCUGGUGUGAGCCAGAGGUGCCUGUCUACACUGUCACAAGCCCAGAGAGCUUCAGCCCCAGGGAGCUGACCCUGCUGCUGCCUCUGCAGAUCCUGGGUGGCUGUGUGCUGGUGUGGCGCUCCGAUGUGCAGUUUGCCCGGAAGCAGCUCCUGUGCCCAGAUGUUGCUCGCAAGCGCUUUGGGCUGCUCGCCCUGGGGCUAGCCCUGGCUCUGGGGCUGCUGGGGACCGUCCUGCUGAUGAACUACAGGAGCCUCCGGAAACUCACCACAGCGCCGCGGGGCAGUCGGCCCGUCCUGCUGGUCUAUUCCCCCGACUCUGAGGAGCACAAGAUUCUGGUCUGCGCCUUGGCGGACGUGCUGCGCUCGGCGCUGGGCUGCGACGUGCGGCUGGACCUGUGGGAGGCGGGCAGCGUGGGGCGGCUGGGGGCACUGCCCUGGCUUUAUGUGCAGCGGGAGCUGGUGGCCCGGGAGCAGGGCACCGUGCUGCUCCUGUGGAGUCAGGGCAGCACCCGGCUCUACCAGUUGUGGCGGGGGGCGGCUGCAGGCAGCAGCAGCUCUCUGGACCCCCAUGACCUGUUCGGCACAGCCAUGUGCUGUCUGCAGAGCGAGCUGCAGUUGGGCAGGGGGGCAGGGCAGCUGGGCAACUGGGCACUGGCCUACUUUGGCGAGCUGUGCAGCCAGCGAGACGUGCCACCUGCCCUGUGCCUACUGCCCUGCUACCGCCUGCCACAGGAGCUGCCUGGCCUGGCACGCUUGCUGCAGGGCAGUGCCCGGCCCCCCACCUGGCUCCGCCCCAGCAUGCUGCUGCACAGGCUGCUCACGUCGGAGAUGAGAAAGUGCCUGCAAGGCAGGGUGGAGCUGUGCCAGCUGCAGCAGCCCAAGGGGGCGCCCCUGGCUAGGCUGCCAGCCCACCAGGUGGGGUCUGUGGGGCUCAGUCCCCACACCCCUAUAGCCAGGCUGACCUCACAGAGACCCAGCUGCACCUGAGUAUGCUGCAGUGGGACACAUGCCAAGAACCUGGGCCGGGGAAGGGGCUCAGGGUGCUGUAGUUGGGAUGAUUGGGAGGGGGAGCAGAGCCCCCACCAGGGUCCCUGGAGAUGCCAGAGAGGGGCUAGUGUGGACAUGGCUGGACUCCAGGGUGCCACAUCCAUUCCCAAGACCAAACGUGUCUGCAAGGGGCUGGCAGCCCCCAGACCCAGGAGAACGCAGCUGUUCUGACAAGGGGCGGCCUGUGAGCCUGGGUUUGCUUGGGGCUGGAAACUGCCUGGUGCAGGGUCUGUCACGGGCAAUGGGGCUUGGACAUUUGCCCUCUUGCAGCCAGCUCUUGGGCAGGACCUGCCUCAUC